AUGGAAGCAGAAAAAGAUGAAAUUUUACAAAAGUUACCUUCAAAUGAGCUAUAUGAAGAAUUUAAUUCCGAGAACAAUUAUGUUAGUAACAGUAUUUGUAAAGAAGGAAACUAUAUAAAAUGUGUUGACAAAGGUGCUUGUUUUAAACUUUGUAAAAAAGUUGAACGCAAUUUUAAAUCAUUAUAUGAAAUGGGUUCUUCAAAAAAAAAUUAUGACCGUUGUUCACAUUUCAAAUUUUGGGUAUAUAAGGAAAUAAAAAAUUUGUUUAAAUCAAAUUCAGAAGGAGGUUAUGUAAAAGAUGUUACUGAUAUUUUUAUUAAUCUACGUUCUACUCUUAGCGAAACUUAUAGAAUACAUAAUUGUAAUUAUUAUUUUACUGAAAAAAGUUUAAAUGAAUUGAAUGACAAAAUCGAACAGAAAUAUUUAUAUGAUUAUUUUAAAAAUUAUGAAAGUAUAAAAACUAAAGAAUUUUGUAAUUAUAUAAAGGUUGAUAAAUAUAAAAAAUAUCUUAAUGCUAUUAAAGAUUUAUAUAAAACGAAAAAGUCCAAGUGCUGUUUAAACAAUAUAUUGGGAUGUCCGCAUUAUUUUUUGAAAUGUGAUAAUUUAUAUAAUCCACGUAUGCUUUUAUCUAAAUUAGAAAAGCAUGGUGGUGGAAGUUGUGAUGUACUAAAAAAUAAAUCUGAGUCUGAAAGUAUUGAAAAAAUAUCAGAUCCUAAGGAUACUGAAUCUGAUAUUAUGGAGACAUUUCUUUUUACUAAUUGUCAUAUUAAGAAUGACGGAAAAAUUUUAUCAUGUGGCUUAGUUCAAGCAUCUGCAAUGAGAGAUAGCAAUCGGGUACAAAUGAAAUACAUGAACAAUCACAGAAUCUUCAAAAACUCAGACACAAAAAUCUGGUUCGAUUCAGAAAAUGUUCCUGAAACAGGAAUAUAUAAGAGCAAGAUAGUUCAUAGCGAUGUAGAUGGAAAAGACAAAUUGUCAGAUUACUAUGAAGGUGUAGAUAAAUUAAUUAAAUGGAAAUUUAGUAAGGGAAAACCUAUUUGUUCUGGUAAUCCAUCAAACAAGGAUACGGUUAGACUUUGCAAAUAUAUGGAACAAGCGCAUAAAGUUGGUUUGGCCAAAAAAAAAGAUGGUGGAGGUUAUACGGUGAGGAGUGGUGUUUCAUGGAGUGCCAAAGACUUAAAAAUAGGUAGGGAAAAGGAAAGAACAAGAGAGUCAGCACAAUAAAAAUCGUCAACAUUAUGCACAUAUUCAAGAAUAUGUGUUGUUAGCAAUAAAAAUAAAAAAUAUUCUAUUACUUCUAUUUCAGGUGGAAAAACAUAUUAUGGAAUAGAUGAAGAAUCUAAUAUUCCGUACUUCUGUGUCAAUUUUUUGGUUGUGGGAUUAAUUUUUGUUUUUCUCCUUUAUUUUAAAUUUACUCCCAUUGGAUCAUACGUUGGUAAAAAUAGAAAAAGGAAAAAAAGAUAUAGAACUAAUUUCGCUGAAUUAAAUACGCAAAGAUUACCAAGGAGAUUCAUAAAACGUACUUAUAGGAAUUCCAACAGAAGGAGAUUUAGCGUAGUAAAUAUAGAACAUUGA